AUGGAUCCCAAAAAUGCAAUCCUCAUCCUAGGCCUAUUGGCCAUGGUUCUUCUCAUUUCCUCUCAGGUGUCAGCUAGGGACUUAGCUGAGACUUCCCCUAAUACCGAAGAGGUAAAUGAUGCCAAAUAUGGUCACUAUGGUGGUGGUAGUCAUGGCCAUGGGCACGGUGGUCAUUAUGGUGGAGGUGGUCAUCAUGGUGGACAUGGAGUUGUAUCCGACAACGCGGUUGUUGAAAAAUUAAAUGAAGUAAAUGAUGCCAAAUAUGGACACUAUGGCGGUGGUCACUAUGGAGGUGGACACUAUGGUGGUGGACAUUAUGGUGGUGGUGGUGGACAUGGUGGACACUAUGGUGGUGGUGGUGGACAUGGUGGACAUGGUGCUUCCGACAAUGGAAACUGA